CAUACAUAGACGCAUUGUGAUCUCUAUCUAUCCUUGCUCUCCGGAGCCCACAGACCACGACGUACGCCCCGGCCUCGCCUCUCCUUUUUCUUUCUUUCCCACUGACUCCAAUUCCAAAUAUGGGGAUAAAGAGGCCGGGGCGCUGCAACUGCGCUACCGCGGCGGAGUUGUUGGCGCUUCUUCUUAUCAUCCUCGGCGCGUCGUCUCUGACGGGAUGCAUUGCGGCGAGCGGAGGAGCAGGGCUCACCAGGGGCAGCUUCCCCAAGGGAUUCGUCUUCGGCACCGCCUCCGCCGCGUACCAGUACGAGGGGGCGGUGAAGGCGGACGGGCGAGGGCAGACCAUCUGGGACACCUUCGCGCACACCUUUGGAAAGAUCACUGACUUCAGCAAUGCCGAUGUUGCCGUCGACCAGUACCACCGUUUUGAGGAGGACAUACAGCUGAUGGCAGACAUGGGGAUGGACGCGUAUCGGUUCUCCAUUGCGUGGGCAAGGAUUCUCCCAAAUGGUGUUGGUCAAGUGAACCAGGCCGGCAUCGACCACUACAACAAACUGAUCAAUGCACUGCUAGCUAAAGGAAUCCAGCCAUAUGUGACCCUGUACCACUGGGACCUGCCCCAGGCCCUGGAAGACAAGUACAACGGCUGGCUUAACAGGCAGAUAGUAGACGACUUCGCGGGUUACGCGGAGACGUGCUUCGCGGCGUUCGGGGACCGGGUGAAGCACUGGAUCACGGUGAACGAGCCGCACACGGUGUCCGUGCAGGGCUACGACGCCGGGCUGCAGGCGCCCGGCCGCUGCUCCGUGCUGCUCCACCUCUACUGCAAGUCGGGCAACUCCGGCACCGAGCCCUACAUCGUCGCCCACAACUUCAUCCUCGCCCACGCCACCGUCUCCAGAAUCUACCGGAACAAGUACAGGGCGACGCAGAAGGGGCAGCUGGGGAUGGCGUUCGACGUGAUGUGGUACGAGCCGAUGACGAGCAGAGCCGUGGACGUGGAGGCGGCCAAGAGGGCGCAGGAGUUCCAGCUCGGGUGGUUCGCGGAUCCUUUCUUCUUCGGGGACUACCCGGAGACGAUGCGGAAGCGGGUCGGGGAACGGCUGCCGCGGUUCACGCCGGAGGAGGCGGAGCUCGUCAAGGGCGCGCUGGACUUCGUGGGGAUCAACCAUUACACUACGUAUUAUACCAGGCAGAAUGAUACCAACAUCAUUGGGAAGCUGUUCAAUGACACCCUCGCAGACACCGGGACCAUCAGCCUGCCGUUCAGGAACGGGAAAGCGAUUGGGGACAGGGCGAAUUCGAUAUGGCUGUACAUCGUGCCCAGAGGGAUGAGGAGCCUGAUGAACUACGUCAAGGACAGGUACAACAGCCCGCCAGUCUACAUCACUGAAAAUGGGAUGGAUGACGGCAACAGCCCCUUCAUUUCCCUCAAGGACGCCCUCAAGGACAGCAAGAGGAUCAAAUACCACAACGACUACCUCACCAACCUAGCUGCUUCCAUCAAGGAGGACGGGUGCGACGUGCGCGGGUACUUCGCGUGGUCUCUGCUGGACAACUGGGAGUGGGCGGCCGGAUACUCGUCAAGGUUCGGGCUCUACUUCGUGGACUACAAUGACAAUCUCAAGAGAUACCCCAAGAACUCCGUGCAGUGGUUCAAGAGCCUCCUCAGUUCGAGUUGAUAAUCGAGCUAAGCUAGCGCUUGUUUGCUCAUUGAUUUCUUCCUGCCAGUAGGUUAUACCAUACGGUGCCGGCGUCGGGGGUUUCAGAAUUAGAUGUUGUUUUUGCUGGAAGUGUAUAGCUUCUAGAUGUUAUCAUUGGACGAUAUCUUCACAUGUAUACACACAAGGAAUAAAUUUGUGAACAAUAAAUCAAUAUGGUGCGUGGUCUCUUUGUACAGGAUUA